GGGUGUCGGCUAGGCAACAGACCUCCAGUUUUCUGUGUGCUGGACACACAGAAAGGGUCUGGCUAAGUCCAUCCUGCCACGAAUCUGUGUUAGCAUCCACCGCAUACAAUGGUGCGGCAUAGUGUAGUGCGGGGUGGGCAUGGUUGGUGGUCCCCCAAAGCCAGGGUGUUAUGCGACCCGUGCCCAUUGGCUUGGUUUGCAGUCAGGGGGAAAUAACCGGACUGUAUCCACGCGGAGCCUCAGCGAUACCUGUCCGACUCGUUGAGUACUUCAGGACUUGCCGUGUUAGCGGGGGCUAUGACACGGUGGACCUCUUCACCCCUACACUCGUGGGAAUUUCUAUGUCAAAUCAAAAUAUAAAAACAAAUAUUAUAAUAAAGCAAGAAGUAGAAGAUAAAGAAGAGGCGGCUCUGAAGAUCAACCGAGCUGCACAACCUGGUGGUGUCGGCGAUCCACUUACGAAGGGUCUAAAGAAAAAGGCACGCAAACGUUACAACCGUUACCUAAGGGAGGGAAUGCUACCGAAAGAAGCGAGGGUGCGGGCCAUAAACCCCAAUGGCUAUCAAAAGGCCGCGGCUAAAAACAAGACAACUGUGGCUCCUCCUGCUAUGAAAGGCGGCCUCAAGCGGAAAAUUCCAAGCCAGGCGACCACUGUUGCCCCAAAACGAGCCAAAAAAGCACGAGAGGGUCGUGGACCCAUUGAUAUGGCCAUCCUGGCCACUAGAUACCCGCUAAGACUCCUCACCAAAAAUGAGGCGACGAUAGUGGAGAAAGAGUUGGUCGAUGAGAUGCUGAAAGGCAGCUCCCACAGCAUUAACUUUGAUGGCAUCCACUUCAAGACUGGCCUGAUCAUUGUGAAAUGCCGCGACGACAGAUCCAAGCAGUGGCUGGAGCUGACGGUCCCAAAGGUCUGUGGGAUCGGCAAGGUGCAGCUCCGCACCUGCCCAAUGGAUGAUCUUCCCAGCAUGAAGAUAGUCACAAUAGAGAUACCGGACGCCGCAGAACAGAAGGUGCAGGCUGCAGUCCGUCUGCUACGAAAGCAGAACAGCGACCUGGACUCCGACGCAUGGAUCCUGCUGAAGUGCAGCAACACCAAAGGAGGGGGAAGAUCGAUCACCCUUGGUCUGCAGCAACAGGCGCUCGAGCUGCUGCAGAAGAACGGCAUGAAAAUGAGCUACCGCUUUAGACAGCUACCAUGUCGUCUAGAAGCGGAUCAUUCCGGCGAUGGAGAUGACGGGGAGAAUGCUAUGUGGUAUGUGGAUAUACCGAAAAUAAGCGAUAAUUAAGAUAAAGAUUACAAGUCCACGUUACGCUAUACUUUUCUAUAAAAUAAAGAGGAAAAUACUCCAUUGAAAAUACA